CUCACAGGGCUUUUUUUGCUACCUGACCUCCUGUCAUAUGAGGUGCCCGGGAGCGGACCUGGGCCACCGGGCGCGAGGAGGUCGGGAGCCAGGGCGCAGGAUGGCCUCGCAGAGGGCUGUGCGGCUGAGCCUGAAGAAGCCCACCCAUGCGGUGUGUGUGGUGGGAGUCGAGACCUUUGUGGAUGUUCGCAGCGAUGUGCCCAAGGGCGCCGAGACCUUCAGGGUCUCUGGGAGCUCCGGGGUACAUAUCUUCAUUGUCUACGACCCAACACGGGUGGCAGUGCCCACAGACAAAGCCCACUGGCCCCUGGACACCACUGUGGACCUGACUGUAUCCGUGGACACAGCCAGUAAGGCCUUAAAUGAUCUCAAGGUGAAGGUCUCCUACUUCGGGCAGAGCGAGGACCAUGCCCUGGGCCGCAGUGAGCUCUACCUCACUGGCGUCGACAUCUCCCUGGAUGUUGACACAGCCCGCAAGGGCAAGGCAAAGAGGAGCCAAGGCGACAAGAAAACCUGGCGCUGGGGUCCUGCGGGCUAUGGGGCUAUUCUGCUGGUGAACUGUGACCGGGAUGGUCUCGGGUCCAGGGGGCUCGACCUUGAAAACAGCCAGCUGACGUCACUGGAGGACCUGAAGGACAUGUCUCCCAUGGUGCUGACCUGCGAUGGCCCUGACAAGCUCUUCGACAACCACAAGCUGGUCCUGAAUGUGCCGUUUUCUGAUUCCAAAAGAGUGGGCGUCUUCUGUGCUCGGGGUGGGAAUUCCCUCUCACACUACAAGCAGGUGCUGGGGCCCCAGCAUCUGUCCUACGAAGUCGAGCGGCAGCCCGGGGAGCAGAAGAUCAACUUCUAUGUGGAGGGGCUCACCUUCCCCAAUGCUGAUUUCUCGGGGCUGGUCUCUCUCAGCGUCAGCCUCGUGGACAUGGGGACCCUGCCCGAGGUGCCCAUCUUCACAGACACUGUGGCCUUCCGCAUGGCCCCCUGGAUCAUGACCCCCAACACCCAGCCCCCCCUGGAGCUGUAUGUGUGCAGCGUGAUAGACGCUCAUGGCUCAAAUGAGAAAUUUCUGAAGGACAUGUCUGACCUGGUGUCAAAAGCCAACUGCAAGCUGAUCAUCUGCCCUUGGAUUGAAAAUCGGAAUGAUCGCUGGAUCCAGGACGAGAUGGAAUUUGGCUACGUGGAGGCACCCCACAAAUCCUUCCCCGUGGUCUUUGACUCCCCCCGAGACAGGGGCCUGAAGGAGUUCUCCUAUAAUAGGAUCCUGGGCCCCGACUUUGGAUACGUAACCCAGGAAAUCCCUUUCGCUGGCGCCUCCGGCCUCGACUCCUUCGGCAACCUGGACGUCAGCCCACCGGUGACCGUGGGCGGCAAGGAGUACCCCCUGGGCCGGAUCCUCAUCGGCAGCAACUUUCCUAAGACAGGUGGGCGGCGAAUGGCCAAGGUGGUGCGUGACUUCCUGAAGGCCCAGCAGGUGCAGGCGCCCGUGGAGCUUUACUCUGACUGGCUCUCCGUGGGCCACGUGGACGAAUUCCUGACCUUCGUGCCCACCUCCGACCAAAAGGGCUUCCGGCUGCUCCUGGCGAGCCCCAGCGCUUGCCUUAAACUGUUCCAAGAGAAGAGAGCGGAGGGCUACGGCAAGGCGGUCCAGUUUGAUGGGUUAGAGGAGAAGGUGAAGAGAAGCAUUAAUGAAUUGCUGGCUGACAGAAGCCUCCAGAGCGACAGUCUCUAUGUGCAGAAAUGCAUCGACUGGAACCGGGAGGUGCUGAAGCGGGAGCUGGGCCUGACGGAGCGGGACAUCGUGGACAUCCCGCAGCUCUUCUACCUGAGGGGCCCCCACGCAGAAGCCUUCUUCCCCGACAUGGUCAACAUGGUGGUCUUAGGCAAGUACCUGGGCAUCCCCAAGCCCUACGGGCCCAUCAUCAACGGCCGCUGCUGCCUGGAGGAGAAGGUGCGGUCCCUGCUGGAGCCGCUGGGCCUCCACUGCAUCUUCAUCGACGACUUCCUGUCCUACCACAAGCUGCUCGGGGAGAUCCACUGCGGGACCAACGUGCGCCGGCAGCCCUUCUCCUUCAAGUGGUGGCACAUGGUGCCCUGAGCCUGCUCCCUACCCGCCAUUCUCUCUGCCCACCUGUUGGGAAGCCCGCCAGAGUGAAAGCGAGGAACCUCUUCCUGGCCUCCAUAGGGGGAGGCCUACUAGGCACAAUCCCUCAAGUGCCUGCAAACGUGCUGGCCACCGUGGGCACGGGGACACAGGGAUGGGCACCACACAUCCUCACUUCUGGAGCAGCCUGCCCCGCCCGAGAAGGACCACCCUCAGUCUCCCCUCUCCCCUCUCCAUCACAGCCCCCAGGGGGCCUGGAGAAGACCAACAGCUCUGGCGUGUUCAAGGGCGGCGAUGCGUGGCCUAGGCAGGCGCCCCCUUGGAAUCGCUCCCCCUCUGUCCUGACGGGCCCUUUGUGCUUGCCAGUUGUCGUCCUCUCUUCCAACUACCAGGAAUGGGGCUCAGGGAGCCUGGGCUCCGACGUGAGGGCCCUGGGUCUGGGCCACCUGUGGCUCCUGGAGGGCCAAGGACCUGGGCUAUCUUCUCCUGCAGGCGACCCCCUGGCCGUGACCUCCCAGCCCCCUCAGCCGGUUUACAUAGGACAGGAGUAGCCAGCAUGGAGGGUUUGCUUUAAAAGGAAAAAAAGGCAACAAAAACCCUUUCAUGCCUGACUCUUUCCUCAGAAGGGUGCUUGUUAUCUGCGUGGAAAGCCUUUAAUUACGAGUACUGGCUGCUUCCAGCUCAAAAAGGCUACGAGGUCAAAGAGAGGCCUGGGAGGGCAUCAAAGGCAGGAAGCCCGGCAGGAAGCCUGGCAGGAGGGGGGAUGCCAGGCUGGCAGAGAGGGCUGAGGCACCGGACAGAAGCGGGGGCCGGGCUUCCGCGUCCCGGGCUCCUGGGCCUUGGGUUCUGGACUCUGCAUGUGAGGGCAGCCGGCUGUUCCAGAUGUAGCAGGGAGGGGCCCGGAUGUGAGAAGAGGGUGGGGGGCCAUUAGGCUAUCUCUGAAGGUGGGGUUUAAUUCCCUUUAAUAGUCUCUAAUUAUUCCCUUCCUUCUGCCGGCAGUGGGAGGGAAAGGCUUGCCCAGGCUCUCUCAGCAACCCCAAGACCCGGAGCGGAGCUUGGGUUUCACCUGUGGGUAAACCCCUGUGUCAGCCCUGUGUCCCCGCGUCUAGAAGGGAAGAUACAGUUGCCACAGGGAUUAAUGCUCCGGCCCCGGGGGAGGUCACCAGGCCGUGCACAGGCAGGCAGGCUUGGCCAGUGCAGGGUGAGAGGUGGCCCUUGCCCCAGACAGGCCUGGGCAACAGGGAGCAGACCUCUGCUCUGUCUCCCACUGCUUGAGGGGCCACCUCGGGGGCCCCCAGCCCCUGGGCCUUCACCUUCGGGGUUUUCAGCGGCCCCUGGUGAGGCCUGGGUUGAGCCAGCUGCUGUUAAACUCUAUUAGGAAUCAGACACUUACAUGGAAACCCAACAUAGGAAACGAAUAAAAAUGGAGCCGCUCUGGUGUAAGGUGGCGAGGGUGGCGUACCUGAACCUUCCCCUUCCAGAAGGCUCUGUCGGGACCCCAUCUGCAAGCCCCUGGUCUUACCUGCUCAUUCUCUGAUCGUCAUCACGAGGAAACCUAGACUGAGCCAAGAGGAGAAGGGAGAUGUUCAGGGGCUGAGACCCCAGGGGUAAAGGGCGGAGAGGGGAGGGGGCACUGCAGAGAGAUGGGGAGCAAGUCCCUAGAGCGGCGCUGGGUGUGCAAGGCGCUGGGAUUGCCGCAGGGGCUGCUGGGGGACACUGAUGUCCCCUCUGAAAAUGAUCCGGGUGACUGGUCACCUCCUUUCUGAUUAAUAAAAAUG